CUUUGAAUUUAUUAAGAUUAACAUUAUAUAUUGUGUUACAUAGUUACAUUUUUUCUCUUUCUUACAUCUUUUUUAUUCACAUAAUAUCGUUUUCUUAUUUACUGAUAUUUUUGUUACCAAAUUUAACGUUAACGUUUGGCGCGGCUUAAGACGCCGCGUUACGUCAUAUUUUAUCUGGGCGGAAAUGCAAUGAUCAUAACAAAUUUAAACACGUUCAUACAGUUUAUAAGCAUCACGACGAUACAUUUAAAACGCCGCAAUAGUUGAGAAUCGUUCCACGUUUGACGUUUCACGUUUCCCGUUAAUAAACGCAUUCUCACUUACACUGGCGUCGUGUGUUUAUAAUUCUCAACUAGAGUUUAACAACUGUCAAGUCGAAGGUUAAAGACCUACUGAGCAGAAGGUGGAAAUGGAUUCUAAAAGGUUUCCUGACGCGAUGAAGUCGCGAACUGCACACCUUAGUCAGCUGACGAAAACCUUUAAUGAACUGGAACGUUUAAUGUUAUCAUCAGAAAAUUACGACAAAGUACAUGAAAUGUACAAUAAACUUUGUGAGAAAUAUGAACAUUUCAAGGCAGCACAUAUUCUAUGUAUCGAUAUGUGUGAGGAUACAGAAAAGUUGAACUUAAUGGAAAGUAAUUUUACUAGUCAAGUUAAGAACUUUGCUGAGUUAAGUGAACGCUACUCAGAGUGGAAAAAAUCUGUGAACAAUACAGAAGAUUGUAUUUCAGUGAACAGUCGUGUUACGAAUAAUUCGUCAGUGCGUUCGUCACGCUCUGAAAUGCUUAGUGCUAAAGCAAGGAAAUUGGUUGCUGAACAGAAAUUAAAGACUUUGAUAGAAAAGCAGCGCAUUGACAAACAGCAACGAAAGUUACAACGUGAACGGGAGGAGCUUGAAGAACGUAAACAAUUACUUGAUGUGCAAAGUGAAAUUGAUCAAGCUCAGGUUGAAGAGGCAGUAUGGCAGCAAGACGCAAUGUUUCCGGCUCCGGUGGUAACAACUGACAUACCACAAACCAACACCGCUACACACAUAAACAGCGGUAGCUGUGCAGACGACAUUCAUAUGACGACAGUCGUUCAUUCACAAAUACCGGAUGUGAUGUUAAAUAAAGACUUUAGCAGUACUGCGCGUAGUAUCGGAUACAACGAAGAAAGACUUAAUGCAGACAAUGAUCAUCUAUGUAACAGGAGGGAGGUUUCCGGAAACCAAGUACCAGUAUGCGACGUUUCCAUGGAUACUUCUGAUACAGCAGUAAGCUAUAGAACCAACACCAAAGGUAAGGUGACUAGCGAUAUCAGUAGCAUCGACAUGGCAUUCAACAGACUAGCGUCUACAUUACAGGAAGGGUUUAAUUUGCCUAAACCUGAGUUAUUGACAUUUACCGGAAGUGCCAUAGAUUAUUGUAAAUUCAUUAAGAAUUUUGAAACAAACAUUGAAUCGAAGAUUCUUGAUAACAGACUUAGGUUGAGUUAUCUUAUACAAUAUUGUACAGGCGAGGCAAAGUCUUGUAUAGAAGAUUGUGUGUUGUUAGAGUCCGAUGUAGGUUACGCACGUGCACGAGAAAUAUUGAAAACUCGUUAUGGUAAACCUCAUGUUAUUGCUAGAUCUUAUAUUGAAAAAUUAGUUUAUGGCCAACAAAUUAAGUCUGGUGAUAGUGAUAGUCUUUCAAAACUUGCUUUAGAUAUGCAAAAAUGUGAGAUAACUCUUUCACAGUUAGGGUUUGUUUCAGAUGUUGAUAAUACUGAAAAUCUUAGGCGUAUAGUUAAAAGGCUACCUUUACACUUAAGAACAAAAUGGGUUGAUGUAGCACACAACAUUAAUAUUGCUGGCAGGGAACCAAAUUUCUCUGACUUAGUAAAAUUUGUAAAUGAGAAAUCUCAAGUUGCUUGUUCUAUAUAUGCCUUAGAUCUUGUUAAAGAAAAUACACAACCCAAAGCUAUUAAAGCAUCCAAUUCAAUGUCUGAAAACAAUAACAAGGCUAGAUUAACGACAUUUGCUACUCAUACUGAUACGCACAAAGUCCGAAUUGAACGAAAAUGUUAUUGUUGCUUAGGAACAUGUUCUGAUUUGUCAAAAUGUCAAAAGUUUAGCUUAUUAACUUUGGCUGAUAGGCGCAAACUGAUUAAUAAAUUCAAACUUUGUUACAAUUGUCUUAAAGGCAAACAUAUGACUGAUACAUGUUAUAGGAAAAAUAUGUGUAAUGUUCCCGACUGUAAUGGAAAGCAUAACACGUUGUUGCAUAGUUGGGCGAAGUUUAGGUCUGACCACACAGUUACACAUCCGUCAGUAAAUUGUGCUGCUACAAGCGGCUCCUGUGUCAAGGCAUGCUUAGGUAUCAUACCCGUAGUGGUCACUAGCGAGAACGGAAGCACGUGCAAGACAUAUGCUCUUCUCGACGACGGUGCAGAUAAGACUUUAUGCGAUGAGCGUUUGUUACAAACAUUAAAUCAACCUGGAAAACCAGUGUCAUUCAAUAUUGCUACUGUAAGUUCUACCGGAAGUACAAUAUCUGGACAGGAAGUAAAUUUGCACGUGCGAGCUGUAGCCGGUGUCAAUGAUGUUCAUCUUAAGAGUGUUUGGACAGUAAAGAGACUUCCGAUUACAACUAAAUCUGCAGCUAGAAGAGAUCAGGUUCGUAAAAUACCUCACCUGUCUGACAUUGAAAUUCCUAACGUUGACGUAAGUGACGUCAUGCUUCUUAUUGGGACGGAUACUCCGGACGCGCAUGUUCCGUUAGAGGUGCGAGCGGGGGCAAGUGGUCAACCAUAUGCUGUUCGCACUUGUCUUGGAUGGGCAGUUCGUGGACCAAUUAGUGACGUUAUUGACAAAGGCAGCGCAGUUAAUAUCCACUAUGUCCAAUCUGAUGACGUCACACUUCAAAAUCAACUUGAAAAAAUGUGGUCUACAGACUUUGUUGAUGCGAUUCAUUGUGAAGAAAAGGCUAUGUCGGUUGAAGAUAGAAAGGCUAUGACAAUUAUGGAAUCAACUUUGGUUCACGAGCCUGAUGGACAUUAUAAAAUGGGCCUACCAUGGCGAGAUGAACAUACAGUGUUACAAAAUAACCUACCUCUUGCACAUAUACGAUUGCAGCACUUAAAACGAAGACUGUCACGUGACCCAGAUCUUCAUGAAAAGUAUACUACGACAGUGACGGAAUACAUUGAGAAAGGUUAUGCAAAAUUAGUCAACAAUGAGAACACCCCAGGUCGUGUUUGGUAUCUCCCACAUCACCCUGUAGUUAAUGAAAACAAACCAGGCAAAGUAAGAGUAGUAUUCGAUUGCGCGGCAAAAUAUAAAAAGACAUCUUUGAAUAAGCAACUACUUCAGGGACCCGAUUUAAUGAAUAGUUUAGUUGGUGUAGUAACGCGCUUUAGACAAGAUAAUAUUGCACUUAUGGCUGAUAUCGAAGCGAUGUUUCACCAAGUGCGAGUAAUUGAACGUGAUUGCGAUGCUCUGCGAUUUCUAUGGUUGCCAAAUGGGGACAUGACGAUAAUUCCAAAUACAUAUUGUAUGCAAGUUCACCUUUUCGGUGCAACAUCAUCUCCAAGUUGCUCAGCUUAUGCGUUGAAAAGGACCGCUGAAGAUCAUGCGCACUUGUUCGAACCGGAAGUCGUGACAACAAUUAAACGAAACUUCUACGUUGAUGAUUGCUUAAAGUCAGUAGACAAUGAACAGAAGGCAAUUAAUUUAGUUCGUGAUUUGCAGUCAAACAUGAGUAAAGGUGGUUUUCGACUUACUAAGUGGAUCACUAAUAGCAGAGCCGUUCUUGACACUAUUCCUGACUAUGACAAAGCGCAAUCCGUAGUUAACCUUGCGCCAGGUGUAUUCCGAAAAGAAGACCAGUAUGCUAAACGUUGGUGGCGCCAAGUUCAGUAUAUGGCCGAUGUGUUUUGGAGGCGUUGGACACGCGAGUAUUUGCCAUCUCUCCAAUGCCGCCAGAAGUGGCAGAAAUCAACCAGAGACGUUGUCGAAGGUGAUCUCGUGCUGGUAGCAGACGAAAACAUGCCAAGAGGACAGUGGCCUCUGGGCAAAGUAAUGAAAGUAAUAAAAAGCCGAGAUGGUCAUGUACGUAGCUGUGUGGUUAGGGCACGGGGUUCAGAAUUAGUAAAACCAGUAACAAAGCUGUGUUUGCUAGAAGGUUCAGAAUGAUAAAAAGAACAAUAUAAAUUUAAUGUAAGCACGUAUCUUUACGUAGAAAAGAAUAUGGCAAUAAUUAGCCAAUGUUUUGUUAAAAGUAAAUCUCGUUUAAGUGCAAAAAAGUUAAACGUUAAUUUACGUUUAUAGAGUAAGAUGAAAGCUAGAUUUAUAUACAUGUAAUAUCUAACACAUAUUUGUGUUGUUAAUUGGAAAUUAAUUGAAUUUUGAUUGAAAAUGCUUGUAAUUAAGUUUAUAUCAAUAAGUGAUACUUUGCCUAAAAUAAAUUUGUUAGUUGAUUUAUUGAAAUUAUAGUAAUUCAUACAAUAUCAUUAACAAAAGUGUAUUUGUAUGUUUGUUUAUAAAUUAUUUAUUGUUACGAAAUAGUAAUUAUUUCAUGGAGGGGAGUAUUGAAUUCUUCUUUGAAUUUAUUAAGAUUAACAUUAUAUAUUGUGUUACAUAGUUACAUUUUUUCUCUUUCUUACAUCUUUUUUAUUCACAUAAUAUCGUUUUCUUAUUUACUGAUAUUUUUGUUACCAAAUUUAACGUUAACGUUUGGCGCGGCUUAAGACGCCGCGUUACGUCAUAUUUUAUCUGGGCGGAAAUGCAAUGAUCAUAACAAAUUUAAACACGUUCAUACAGUUUAUAAGCAUCACGACGAUACAUUUAAAACGCCGCAAUAGUUGGUAUGUUUAUUUAUUUGUUUAAAAAUGAUAAUUUAUAUUAGGAUUUUAUUGAAUGUAUCUUAAAUAAGAUUAUUUAAGUGUACUGUAAUUAGAUCUCUAUUUAAGUAAAAUAUGUUUAGUUUAUUUGAGAGGUAAAUACAAAUGUUUUGAUUGAUGAUCGUACGUUUAUUUUUAUGUUUUGAUAUACAUGUAAUUAUCUUUGUAUUUUAUGUAAUGAUUUAUUUUUAUUCUCUUUUGUACAGAGAAUCGUUCCACGUUUGACGUUCCACGUUUGACGUUUCACGUUUCCCGUUAAUAAACGCAUUCUCACUUACACUGGCGUCGUGUGUUUAUAACAUGUAUAUUUAGAUUAGUACAUGCAGGUCUCGACACUAACUUUUUCAGCAGGUGCUAUGCCGGACCACUUGAUCCAAAAUUCAGGUGGUCCUUUCUGAACACAGGUGGUCCAUCUUUUUUUUACUCAUUUGUUUUUAAGGAAACUUCAGAUUUAGAAGAACUACACUUAAAAUUGGUGACAGAGACAUAUUUAUAAUUAGAUUUAUAACAACUGAAGAAUACAUGUAUUUUUUCUAUUUCAAUCUAAUCAGAUAGUAAGUCAUUGUAAUCCUAUUUAGUAUUUAUUAUCUCAUUAAAAAAUACAUGACAGUACUCAUACUUCGGUUAAGUGACUUCUUCCGCAAAUCAAGUUAGGGAAUAGUGAAACCAUUUGUGAAUGACUUAUUUCCUUACUGUUAUUCAAAUACUCAUUGCUGUUUCCUGGUACAUCUGAUAAGAAUAAUAAUUGCUUUUUAUAGAUUAGCAUUUUUAAUUAAACUAUUAAGUUAUUAUAUUCUUGUCUUUGAAACAAUGAAAUAUUAAUGAUAAACAGAAAAAUUCCUACAUUAUUAUUGAGCUUAUCUUCCUCACAGAUUUAUUAUACAUGCUUGUUUGUUGAAAUUUAUUUAUUUUUGACAAAGUAUUUAUAACCUUUCAAAGUACUUUAAAUAAGAAAAAAAUGGAUCUCUGAUCGUUUAAAGAGUAGCCAAAGUUAUUAGAUAUUUAAUUUUUCCUUUGCCUUUGUUUGCACCAUUAUUCAUGUGUUUAUCCGAUAUCCCAUAGUGAUAUAAUGUUAUAAAUUAAAUGCAGCACUAGAGACAUUUCAAUGAAUUUUAUACUUUAAUUAUUAAAAUAAUUUUCUACUUUUUUAACUACAGUGUUAGCGAGUUGAUAAAAAGUUAUAUGGAACUAAUGAGAUGAAUGAACAUAUACCUGUACAUAGGAGAAAUGGUUUUAAACAACAAUUAUAGAACACGUUUUCCGACCAAAUAACCAUUCUCCCAGAUUAGCCCUGCACCAUUUGGAAAAUUCAAGUGGUCUAACGGACCAGUUGCCUGUAAAAUUAGGUGGUCCUUGCCAAAAUCAGGUGGUCUCGGACCAACGGACCACCGCUAAUGUCGAGGCCUGGUACAUGCACAGACUGCGUGCUGGCAGAACUAGGACUGUACAUUGUUAAUGUUAUGUAUAAAAUUGUAUUGAUACAUUGAAAGAUAAUUUCAACAAGAAAGAUUUUUGUUACAAAAUAUAUGUCGCCCCAAAACUAUGUAUGGUCACUCAUGUGAAGUUUCAUUGAAAUCCAACCAGUAGCUUGACCUGUGAAACCUGGACAAGAUUUUUUUAUUGAUAGCUCUAAAGGCUAUUUAGUGCAGCAAAGCGGAAAAUGGCGUGAUAAGCACAACAAGGGAUAUGGUACUCAACUCCUUUGAAUUUUGGUGGAAAUCCAACAAGCAGUUCUAUCUGUGAAAACCAGACAAGAUUUUUCUAUUUAAUUUAUUCUGUUUGUUUGAAAAAAAGUGUUUGUAGAAACACCUAUGUAUGCAAUGGUGGAAAAGGAUAAUAAAUGGAAAAAAAGAAAGGAUAUGUGAAUUAUUUUCAUCAGAAACGUCACAAAAAUGUUUUAAAAUGUCAAUGUAAACAGUUGGCAGGUGACGCUAUCACGAUAAUAUCGCGAGAUAUAUGAAUACACCGGUACCAUGGAUCUACCAGUAUUGUGGGGUACCAUAUACUAUGACAUGCUGCAUCAGAUAAAAAAACAAAAAUGUUAUAUAAUGCAGCUUAUAAAGUUUUGGAAGCCAGUCUACGACAACUGUGCAUAUUCAAGCAAAAUGUGAUAUUUCUAUGUAAAAGCCCUAUUGACAGUAACUGAAUGGUCAGUUGAUGUUUUGUUAUUAAAGGCUGUUAGCUCCUAUAGUGAGUU